AUGAAGCGCGGGGCACUUGACACCUUUUUCAAGCCUGCGGUACCGAAGAAGCCAAAGUAUGAAGCCAGCGUGGAUAGCUCGAAGCAUGUCUCUUACCCUUUCGCCAUUCCACACCUCCCAGCUCCGUUCAAGGAGCAGCUGGGCUUUGCUCCAUCGGAAGAAGGAAAACCCAUGAACGAUCAAUUGGAUCUCGAUCUCGUGUUCUACGAGCCGUAUAUUCCAUCCUCCAUCGCAGCAGGGGUCUUUGAAUUUCUACGCCACGAAUUACCUUUUUACCGCGUUCAAUACAACAUCAAUCGUGGCGGUGCACAAACACAGGUCAACACACCACGCUUCACAACUGUCUUCGGCGUCGACGAAACUAGCCGAUUCGCAUCUGAUGGCAGUCUCGUAGACACCAUGUCAGGCAAACAGAUCGAAGCAAACCGCUACAAGUGCAAACCUCGUCCCAUUCCACAGUGCCUCGACGAGCUGCGCCAAAUCACCGAAGGUACAACAGGCGAAACCUUCAACUUCUGCCUAGUAAACUACUACGCCGACGGCAAAGACAGUAUAUCCUACCACAGUGAUGAUGAGCGCUUCCUCGGCCCAAACCCCGCAAUCGCUUCGUUCUCGUUGGGAGCAAAGCGUGACUUUCUCAUGAAGCACAAGCCUAUCCCUCCCAAAGAGGGUGAGGUUGUUGAAGAGCCUAAGCAGAUCAAGCUCUCCCUCCGUCCUGGAGAUAUGGUCUUGAUGCGAGGCAAGACGCAGGCCAACUGGCUGCAUAGUAUUCCGAAGCGGGCUGGGCCUGAGGCGGGCAAGGGAAGGAUUAAUAUCACGUUUAGGAAGGCGAUGGUCAAGGGUGGGACGGAGAAUUACUAUCAGUAUAAUGUGGGCGUUGGAGGAGUGUAUAAGUGGGAUGCGAAGCUGGAGAAGAUGGUGCCUUGGGAUGAGGCAGCGGGCGAGGCAGAAGCAAGUGGAAAUGGAACUCAGAACAGACGCUAG